AUGGACCAUGGACAAUGGCUAAAUAUUGGAGGAAACCACUGGGUUACUGUGACAAACACUGGAUGUGAAGAAAACAGAAUCAAAGCGUACAACACACUUUAUCGAUCAAUGUCAAACACUGACAAAAUUAAACUGGCAGCACUGCUUAAUACCAGCUUGGAAAGUAUGGUAAUUGAGUGGCCAUCACUCCAAAUUCAAGAAGGCGAUUCAGAUUGUGGUCUUUUUGCUAUGGCAAUUGCACUUGCUCUUUGUAAUGGGCAAGAUCCAUGUCAACAAGCCUAUGAUCAGAGUGCAAUGAGAGUACAUUUAGCUACAUGCUUCCAUUGUGAAGAGAUUGCUGUAUUUCCACUGUCGAAAGUAAAAUGUAAAAGAAGCAAGAGCGUUGAAGUGACAGAAGAGCUAUUCUGCCAUUGUAGGAUGCCUUACAAAGAAGGUGACUUCAUGAUUGAGUGCUCAAACUGCUUGCAGUGGUUCCACAGAUCAUGUGACAAAGUUCCAAGGACUGUUGGUGAACAAACAAAUUUCCAUUGCAUGAACUGCAAAUAA